UUGACCUACCAUAUACAGAAGAAGAGCCUUUGCUCAGAGAAAGCAAACGGCGCUUUGUCCUGUUUCCGAUACAGUAUCCUGACGUAAGCCAUAUUCAGUAUUCGCCACCCAUGUCAAUUCAGUAGGUCUUCACACAGAUCUGGCAAAUGUACAAGAAGGCAGAGGCAUCAUUUUGGACAGCGGAAGAGCUGGACUUGGGCCACGAUCUUGUUGACUGGAACGACAAGCUCAAUCCAGAUGAGCGACGCUUUAUCUCGCACGUCUUAGCGUUCUUUGCCGCAUCUGACGGCAUCGUGAACGAAAAUCUCGUCGAGCGCUUUUCAAACGAGGUGCAGGCCGCAGAAGCUCGCUGCUUCUACGGAUUCCAGGUCAUGAUCGAGAAUAUUCAUUCCGAGACUUACUCACUCCUCAUUGAUACGUACAUCAAAGACCCACAGGAGCGUGACUUUUUGUUCGACGCCAUUGACACCAUCCCGUGCAUUAAGAAGAAGGCCGACUGGGCUCUCCGCUGGAUCUCGAACAAGCAAUCGUCGUUUGGUGAAAGGCUUAUUGCGUUUGCCACUGUCGAGGGCAUAUUCUUCUCGGGAUGCUUUGCGUCAAUAUUUUGGCUCAAGAAGCGCGGACUCAUGCCCGGUUUGACUUUCUCCAACGAGCUGAUAAGUCGGGACGAAGGCAUGCAUACUGACUUCGCAUGCCUGCUCUUCCAUCAUCUCAAGAGAAGGCCGCACCCGGACAUCAUAAAAACGAUUAUCACGGAGGCGGUCGAGAUUGAGAAAGAGUUUCUGACAGGUGGGAUUACGCCACAGUUCUAAUUGCUUGGACUAGCUCACGCUCUAUAGAUGCCCUCUCGGUCGAUCUCAUCGGUAUGAACGCCAGUUUGAUGCGCCAGUACAUCGAGUUUGUCGCAGACCGACUCUUGAUCGCCCUCGGUAAUGAAAAGCACUACCAGGCGCCGAAUCCCUUCGAUUUUAUGGACCUGAUUUCGCUUCAGGGCAAGACAAAUUUCUUUGAGAAGCGGGUGUCAGAUUACCAGAAGGCGAAUUUCACCAAAUCGACCUCUAGUGUGAACCUACCAGUGGAGGUGAAGAACGAGAGAGCUUUGUGAGGCAUUCCCCACCUUUCAAGUAUGGCUGUGCUGAACGGUUAUGAAUAGUACACUGGACGAGGAUUUCUGAUGUUGCCAUACGUUGCAUUUUGCCCAGCCAAGGUUUGAAGUCACUGUCGGAUCUCCCGUGUAGCAUAUCAUCUCGCUUAUGUAUACUUCUUAUGCCCGCCAUGUAACAAUCUACCCACCAAAGUCCAAGCCACUAAUAGACCAUCGGCUCUGUU